GCCAUGGAGAAGGUGGGUCCCAUUUGGCACUCCCCACUCCCCCUUCCAGGGCUCUCCAGGCUUAACCAGCCCACCCACCCCUAGGUGCUAAGGAUGAAUGCUUAUUCCCCCAGGAAGGCUUAAAAGAGAACUACACAGAAGGGCAAUGAUCAUCCCAAAAGAAUCCCUUGGUCUAGCUCACAAUUUAGACAUAAAUCAGAUAGUGGGGGCGUGGAGACCCCUUGAUCAUGCAAAGCAGGGCCAGCUUCACAGAUGUGCAACCUGCGCCCGGGGCCCGGCAUUUGGUUUAAUGCUCUGCUGCCUCUGUCUUGAAGUCCUGAGUAUUUUUUACAAAGGGUCCGUAUUUUUGUUUUGUACUGGGCUCCGUGGAUCACACUGCUGGUCCUGAUGCAGGGUGGAAGGUCGUCAUCCUGAUUCAGCAGGUCCAGUGACACAGACUUCUUCCGGGUGGAGCUCGAGAGCCUUGCAUUCAAGUGUGCGGGUUGACAGCUCAUCCUUGGAUGUGGAUGGGCCUCCGGGACUUGGCCAGUUUUCAAAUUCCCUUUGCCCUGGUGCAUUAGCUUCCCAGGGCUGCUGUAAUAAAUCACCACGAAUUGGGUGGCCUCAAACAAUGGAAAUUUAUUUGCUUACAGUUCUGGAGGCUGAAGUCCAAAAUCAGGGCAUCAGCAGGGCUGCGCUCCCUCGGAAGGCCCCGGGAGAAUCUGUUCCAGGCCUCUCUCUGAACUUCCAAUGCUGCCAGGAGUCCUGGAGUUCCUUGGCUUGUACAUGCAUCACUCCAGUCUCUGCCUCCUUUGUCUCACCACCUUCUCCCUGAGAGUCUAUCUCUGGGUCUUUUCUCUUCUUCUUAUAAGGACACCAGGCAUUUGGGAUUUAAUGCCCGUCCUAAUGCCUCGUCUUACCCUGAUUACAUCUGCAGUAACCCUAUUUCCAAAUAAGGUCACCUUCACAGGUAGUGGGGGUUAGAGCUUCGACAUAUCUUUUGGGGGGACGCAAUUCAAUCCAUAAAACCCUGACUCAUGAGCUUCCAUCAACUGUUCCCCCGAAGAAACCAGGAGGGAGCUGCCAAAGGGCAGUGAGACGGGACUCCUGCUCUUGGGCUGGGUCCUCUCUGUUCCUCGUCAGGAAGACCCCCCGAGCCCUUUCCCGUCCACACUGCAUCCAGCAGCUCCCUCUCCUUGGGUAAGGAGACUAAGGGGAAGGGUGUCAGGGGGUCUGGCCCUGUGGUGAGGGUCCCAGAAGGACCCACAACACAUCGGGUAACUAUUGCACCUGGCCACUGUCCUUGGUAUUCUAGGGUUCAAAGCCCAAUUUCCUUCUAGAAACCUGUUUCCAAACCCUAAGGAAGCUUCUGCAGUUACUGAGCAAACAUAGGGAUCAAAGAUCUGUUGAAUUACUUCCUGGAUCGGAGUUUGUCUUUUUUUUCCCCUUGCAUUAGUCUUUGGUGCCCGAACUUUGAGUUUUGCAGCAAGUCACAUGGCUUGACAUGGUGAACAGGUCAUCGUGGCACUGAGUUGGCAGGAUCUUCCAGCCCAGCACCAUCCCGCCCAGCAGCCUGCUGAGAAGGGAGCCAGCACGACACCUGGCCACGGAGGGGACACGGGAUCCCAUGCCGCUGUGAGGAGCUCCUGCAGAAGCGAAUGUGAGCUUCCCUCGGCUUCUGAGGCCCCCAGUCAUGGCGGAACUGUGCCGCACGGACUCCACGCUGACAUCCCUGGACGAGGAGAUGCUCUGGGAGAUGCUGGAAAGCCACCGCUACAGGAUCGUGCGCAGCAUCUGCCCCAGUCGCCUCACCCCCUACCUGCGCCAGGCGAAGGUGCUGGGCCAGCUGGACGAGGAGGAGGUGCUGCACAGCCCCAGGUUCACCAACACGGCCAUGAGAGCCGGGCACUUGCUGGACUUGCUGAGGACUCGAGGGAAGAACGGGGCCCUCGCCUUCCUGGAGAGCCUGAAGUUCCACAACCCUGACAUCUACACCAAGGUCACCGGGCUGCAGCCCAACGUGGACUUCAGCGGCUUCAGUGGGCUCAUGGAGACGUCCAAGCUGACCGAGUGCCUGGCCGGGGCGAUCAGCAGCCUGCAGGAGGAGCUGAGCCAGGAGAAGGGGCAGAAGGAGGCGCUGCUGCAGCAAUGCCGGCGACUGCAGGAGCGCCUGGGCCAGGCCGAGGCCCGCGCCGAGAGCCUGCGCCAGCUGGAGGCCGACCACGGCCGCAUGCAGCGCGAGGUCAGCGCCCACUUCCACGAGGUGCUGAAGCUGAAGGAUGAGAUGCUCAGCCUCUCGCUGCACUACAGCAACGCGCUGCAGGAGAAGGAGCUGGCCACCACUCGCUGCCGCAGCCUCCAGGAGGAGCUGUACCUGAUGAAGCAGGAGCUGCAGCGGGAGAAGGUGGCUUCUUCCUGUGAGCGGGAGUUCCGAGAGCGGUCCCUGCAGAUGGCCAGCGUCCUGGAACCUGGAGACGAGGAGCUGAACCGCCUGAAGGAGGAGAAUGAGAAACUCCGGUCACUGACUUUCAGCCUGGCGGAGAAGGACAUUCUGGAGCAGAACCUGGACGAGGCCCUGGAGAGCAAGCAGGAGCUGGUGGACCGCAUCCACUCUCUGAGGGAGCGGGCUGCAGCGGCCGAAAGGCAGCGAAAGCAGGCCUACUCGGCGAGAGAUGGAGCCCAGAUGGAGAUUUCUCAGAACCUGAUGGAGAAGGACGCGCUCCGCAGGAAGGUGUUUGAGCUGAUGGACCAGGUCUGCGAACUGCGCCAGGAGCUCCGCCAGCAGCAGGCUGAGGCGCUGCCAGGGCCCAAGCAGGAAGCGGGGGCCAGGGAGCCCUGUCCGAGGGGGAAGCAGCGGCUGGUGCGCAUGUUUGCCAUCUGCCCGCCAGACAACGGCAACUGCAGCUGCCUCAGCUCUGCCGAGUCCCAGCUCUGGUCUGACCUGAGCGCCACGUCCAGCCGUGAGCUGGUGGACAGCUUCCGCUCCAGCAGCCCGCUGCCUCCCAGCCAGCAGUCCCUGUACAAGCGGGCUGCAGACAACUUCCGGGAAGACCCCUGGUCUUGCAGUGACUUCCGGGAAACCCUGGAGGAAGAUCAGGGCAGCCGCCUGGGAGCUAAGACAGGCGACACAGACCUGGACUAUGAGAUUGUAGACAGGGCAGACCUUCCUGAGUCCGAGAGCAGCCUGCAGCCAUUCUCUGGGGGCCUCUACGUCUCAGCCAGCAACGUCCCAGUGCGGCGGAGGCCAGCCCGCAAGAUCCUGAGCCAGGUCACAGUGCUGGCCUUCCAGGGGGACACGUUGCUGGAGCAGAUCAGCAUCAUCGGUGGGAACUUCACGGGCAUCUUCAUUCACGGGGUCACCCCGGGUUCAGCGGCAGACGAGAUGGCCUUGCGCCCAGGCACCCAGAUUGUGAUGGUGGAUUAUGAAGCAACGGAGCCCUCCUUCAAGGCCGUCCUGGAGGGCAUGACCCUGGAGCAGGCGGUUGGACUUCUCCGGAGGGUGAAUGGCUUCUGCUGCCUGUCUGUGAAGGUCAACACCGAGGGUUAUAAGAAAUUGGUCCAAGACCUAGAGGCCAAAGUGGCUACCUCAGGGGACUCCUUCUACAUCCGAGUCAACCUGGCCAUGGAGGGACGGGCGGAGGGGGAGCUGCAGGUGCGUUGCAAUGACAUCCUGCACGUCACUGACACCUGGUUCCAGGGCCGCAGCUGCUGGCACGCCCACCGUGUUGGCCCAUACAGCACACAGGGCACCGAGCACGGCACAAUCCCCAACUAUUCACGGGCUCAGAAGCUGCUCAUCGCCCUCCUCCAGGACAUGGCUCAGCAGAGCACUGUCCCCCGCAAGCCGUCUUCCGGGGGACCCCAGAAGUUGGUCCGCAUCGUCAGUGUGGACAGAACCAAGGCCAGCCCUCUGUGCUCGUCGUUCGACUGGGCCCAGCCAGACCCCAGCAGGGCGGAAGACCCCUCCAGCGUGCGCUUCUGGGCAGAGAGCUGCUUCACCCUGGUGCCCUACAGCCUGGUGCACCCCCACAGGCCUGGCCGGCCGCGGCCCGUGCUCUUCGUGCCCAGGGUGGUCGGGAGGAUCCUGAGUGAGAAGCUGUGCCUCCUCCAAGGGUUUAGGAAAUGCCUGGCAGAGUACUUGAGCCAGGAGGAGUACGAUGCCUCCAGCCAGAGAGGGGACAUCAUCCAGGAGAAGGAGGCAUCCGGUGGCCGCUGCUGGGUGACCCGCCGAGUGGUCGAGUCCCUCAUGGAAAAGAACACCCACGCCCUCCUGGACGUCCGGCUGGACAGUGUCCAUGCCCUACACAGGAUGGACAUCUUCCCCAUCAUCCUCCACGUCUCUGUCAACGAGAAGGUGGCAAAGAAACUCAAGAAGGCCCUGCAGCGGCUUGGCACCUCGGAGGAGCAGCUCCUGGAGGCUGGCAGGCGGGAGGAGGGUGAGCUGGACAAAGUGCCCUGCCUGUACAGCAGCCUGGUCCCCGACGGCUGGAGCGACCUGGACGCCCUGCUCGGCUGUGUCCGCUUGGCCAUCGCGGACGAGCAGAAGAAAGUAGUGUGGACAGAACAGAGCCCCCACUGAUGCCCCCCAAGGUCCCUUCCCAGGGCUGUGGGGCCUUCUCAUCCCCGUUAGUGCAGUCCUGUCCUUUCAGCCCAGGGCCUCACAGGCAGUGCUUUGGGGGUACCUACCACACAAGCCCAGCUUGCCGGGCAUCGGCUCCCCUCUCUCAUUGGGGUCUAACCUUGACCCCUCACCAUGUGCAGGUCACAGGCAUUCACACCAGCUGUUCACUUUCUUUGUAAAUCAUCUCUGCCCCUCACCAGGACUUGGCACAAUCUGAACUGGAGACCCUGAGAAGGUUUUGGCAGUAGGGGCGUUUCCCGGGCCCUCCCCAGAGCCAGGGCCCCAGAUGUCUCUAGCAACCGCCUGUCUGAUCCAAAUCACCGCACUUGCCUUUGACACUUCAAUGUGUCAAAAGCCUGCUUCCAAACCCGCUGGGGUGGCAGACUGGUAGCCCUGGUGUCCCCUAAGGUCACUCCCACCCUACCCAGAGAGAGGUGCAAACCCACUUGUAAUGUAACUCUGGCGAACUUCUCUCCUUGUCUGACGGCUGAGAGAUGCCUCAGUAAAUCCAGUUUAUAGAGACUGUGCAUUUACCGGUAAACACAGUUCCCAAGUGAUGGACACUAUUCUCAGUGGCCUGUGCCUGGCGGCCACCAUGCCUGGCUGUGGAGACUGUGGGGGUGUCCUGGAGAAGCCACACACAACACCACUGCACAAGCACUGGCCGGUCUAACCAGCCCCAGCCUGACCCUUUCUCGGGCCACCUCCAGGGCUGGGCAGACAGUCAGGCAUGGCUUGGGCGGGGACCUCAAGGGCCCCCCA